AUGGAGGAUGCCCUUGAGUAUAUUAGCGGAAAACCACAAAGCUGGUUUGAAAAUAAGGUCAUUACUGAAGUUGGCAUCUUAAAUUAUUUUAAUCGGAUCUUCCACUGUUUAAUUUAG